UACUGUGGUGUUGUAUUCAGGCGCGGUUGGUUGGGCACUAGCCGCGUCAGCGUGGCCUGGCGCAGGUAGGCGUGGAGAGCCGCGCGCCUAGACUCGAAAUCCGGAACGGCCGCUUGAUGGGAAGAAACUACGGCAUGAGGACAGAAGUUUUCAAACUAAGCAGAUAGUGACAUCUUCUCGUCAGAAAGUAACAGCGCCAGUUUGACAACAAGGAGGCUGCUCACUGUUUGAGGGUGUGUUCCCACAUCUUUUCAACUGGUCUCAACCUUGUCAUCCAAUGCCAUAUGGUAGAUUUCAUGACAACUGAAGACCCCUGAGUCUCAUCUUCUAUGGAGCCUGACCAGGAGAUUACUGUGUGGCUAACCAGUCUGCACCUGCCCCAAUAUGCCUCCAGCUUUGCCCAGGCUGGCUACUGUUGCCUUAAGGACCUCAGGAGCCUAACUGAGGAGAAGCUUCUCAAAGUGGACCAUAUUCCCACAGGUCACCGACGGAGGAUCUUAAGCAGCCUGGAGACCCUGAUGGUGGAAGUGGAUGGAAGUUCUAUGAAAGUACCAGUGAGGAGAAAGCCGAUCCCAAGGCCUAGACAAGUGUUUCCCAAGGAUAAGCAGAGAGGAACAUCAUCUCAGCAUCCUCAGGGCAGUAAGAUCCAGACGACAAGCCAAACUGUUCCUGCAAGGACUAUUGCUGACUCAGAGAGAGUUUCCUCCAGCUCUAGCUCCACCUCUGAGCAUGGCAGCAGUGAAUCACUGGAGAACUUUUCAGAAGAACCUAUUCCAGAUGAGAAUGAUGACUUUCCCACAGAAUUAGCUUCUGUAGGGUUUCAAGGAGAAAUGGUUGAAAAUGAAAUAUAUGAGAAGUGCUCCUUUGUUAAUGAAUCCUCCAGGCCGAGGUCCUCCCGCUCCUAUAAGCUACGACACAGACCUGUACCAGAGAUCCCUGAACAUCCCUUCAAACCUCCUUAUGACUGGAAUGAGGCAGCACACAACACUGACCAUCUCACAAGGUCUGAGGGACCCGUCUGCCCCACAAGCAGUCAAGAAGCAUCUCAUCCAAGGACCUUGUCCCCCAUUGCCCCAUAUGGAGAGCUUUUUCUGUACAAUUCAACAGAAAAUGAAACGGAUUUGGGCAAAGAUGUAAUGUCCAAUCAAGGAGUAAAAGAGAACCUGGAAGAGCAGAUGUUGAGAAACAAGCUGACUCAAACCAAAGAAAAAUCACACAAUAACAAGCAAGCCCUUUCCAAGCAACAUGUUGAUGAUGAUGAUGAUUACUCCAUUGUCCAAGCGUCUUCUAAUCAUCCUACACCUCCUGCUCUACCAUCAGCUGUGGCCCAGCCACAAACAGAUGUGAAUGACAUAUACAGUAUGGCACUGGAUGACCUACCCCCUCAAAUAGAAGUUUCCAUUUCUCCCUACGCCUGCUUCUAUGGGAUCCGUCACUCUGCCGCCAAAGCAGGCUGGCUGGACAAACUCUCCCCUCAAGGGAAUCGCGUCUUUCAGAGAAGAUGGGUGAAGCUUGAAGGAGGAAAUCUCACUUACUACAACAGCGAUAAGGAGAUGUACUCGAAAGGCCUGAUACCUAUUUCAGCAGUUAAACAAGUUCGUGCUCUGGGUGAAAAUAAGUUUGAGGUGGUCACCUCUGUAAGAACCUUUGUGUUUCGGGCAGAGAAAGAAGGAGAACGUCAGGAUUGGCUAGAGGUUCUCCAGACUGCAGUGAGCUCCCAGUCCUCUAUUUCCCAUCAGCCUCGCAAAAAUAACACAAACAAGAGUGGCUAUGUCGAGCUGCGUGGCCUCAAAGGAAGAGUCUACCUCAGCCUCAUGGGAACCAGCUUCAGAAUCUGUAAAACAGACCAGGAUUUUAAUGCAGGGCUGGCCAUCACUGCGGUGGACCUGACGGCUGCGUGUGUGAAACAGAUUGAGAGGAAAGGAUUUGAGAUCACUACACCUUUCAAAUCCUUCUGUUUCACAGUGGAGUCGGAGCGUGAGCGAGAGGAAUGGACAGAGGCAGUUCAGGAGUCCAUCGUAGAAACAUUGUGCAAUUACGAAGUGCUGGAGAAGGUUUGGUUCAACAAGUCCAACAGGAAGUGUGCCGAUUGUCAGGCCCCUGAGCCGGAAUGGGCCUCCAUCAACCUGUGUGUGGUCGUCUGCAAGAAUUGUGCUGGUCAGCAUCGAUCCCUGGGUCCUGGUAUCUCGAAAGUCCGCAGUAUGAAGCUAGACAGCAGCAUAUGGACCAACGAGCUCAUUGAGCUGUUUUUAGAGGUUGGGAAUAAAAAUUCCAACAGCUUCUGGGCAGCAAAUAUCCCCCCAGAGGAUGAGCUUUGCAAACAGUCAUCAACGGAGCAGCGUGCAUCCUUUAUUCGCAGGAAGUACAAAAAGAGGAAGUACAAGAAAGUUCUUGAAGGUCUAAACACUCAGGAGGAACUCAACAAGGCCCUGUGUGCUGCAGUGGUUCACCCUGACGUCCUGCAGACCAUGGCCCUUGUUUUCAGUGGGGCAGAUGUGAUGUGUGCGACGGGCGACCCUGAGAACUCAACAGCAUAUCUACUGGCUCAGAAAGCAGGCCAGAGGCUACAGAUGGAGUUCCUCUACCACAACAAGCUCUCAGAUUUUCCUAAGCUGGAAGGAGUAUUUGACAGCAGUUUUCCAACUGAUGUUCCUUCUUUUAUGGAUGGAUUUCUGUACUGCUCUAUGAAUGCCGGCAAGGCCACUCUGGAUAGAAAAGGAAGACCUGACAUGGUCCGUCGUUGGUGUACGUUGGAAGGUGGAUUUCUUAGUUACUAUGACAACGAGAAGAUCGCCACUCCCAUAGGCCGGGUUGACAUCAGCGACGUAGUGAGCCUGGCCAUCAACAACACUGAGAACAUCACUGAAACAGGGCCAGUGUUCACCUUUGAGUUGUACCUGCGCUCUCAGAGAGUGCUGGUGUUCGGAGCAGAGACCUCAGACGCACACCAAGAUUGGACGCAUGCCAUCGCCAAGUGUUUUGUCCCUGCAAGGGCAGAAGCUCUGCUGAGGCAGGACAGUGAGCUUAUUGGCCGACUGCACUAUAAAGAGGGUCAUGACCUUUAUCAUUGGCGAAUGGGAUGGUUUGCUCUGGUGGGCUCAGAACUCUACUUCUGUUCUGGAGAUGAAGAUGAAGAGGAGGGAGUUCUUCAACUUAAACGCCUACAGGAGCUUACUGUGUCCACUCAUAUGGAGGGUGACGAGAAGAUUCAGGUCUUACUUAUGGUUGAGCGUGGAAGAACUGUGUACGUACAUGGCAUAACCAAGCAGGACUUUGCACUGUGGCACUCUUCCAUUCAGUUGGCUGCUGGGACGGACGGUAUGGCUCUCGGCAACCAGCAAAUGAAUAAAAAUGAUGUUCCUAUCAUCGUGGAUAGCUGCAUUGCUUUUGUCACCCAAUAUGGUUUGUGUUAUGAGGGAAUCUACCAGAAGAACGGUGACCCGGGGUGUGUGGCCCAGCUCCUGCAGGAGUUUACUAAGGAUGCUCGGGUUGUUAAGCUACGAGCUCAAGACCACCGGCUAGAGGAUGUCACAGACACACUCAAGAGCUUCCUGUCUCACAGUGAAGAUGCUCUAUUGGCUAAAGAGCUGUACCCUUUUUGGAUCUCUGCCCUUGAUGAACAGGAUGAGAAGAUCAGAGUGCAGAAAUAUUCAUCCUACAUUCAGAGUUUACCCAAAGUCAACAGGUCAACUCUUGGUGCCUUGCUGCAGCAUUUGUACAGGAUCCAAAGGUGCUCUCACAUCAACCAGAUGAGCACACCAAAGCUGGCAUGUGUUUUCUCCUCAUGCCUGUUUCAAACGGAGGGACACACGGCUCAGGAGACCCACGUGGUGGAGGACCUCAUCAACAAUUACAUCCAGCUCUUCUCGGUCAAUGAAGAGCAGGUUAGGCAAAUGGAGAAAGAAAACAGCUUUAUCACCAGGUGGAAGGACACCACACAGUUCUCUCCUGCUGGUGACCUGAUAUUUGAAGUCUACUUGGAAAAAAAGGAGCCAGAGAAGUGUUGUUUAAUCAAGGUGUCUCCCAGCAUGAGGUCAGAUGAGCUUGCCGUCUGCACUCUGGAGAUGAAGGGGGUGGAGGUCAAAGCACAAGAUCUUUGGACCACUUUUGAGGUCAUUGAGAAUGGAGAGAUGGAGCGGCCCUUACACUACAAAGAGAAGAUUCUGGAGCAGGUAUUGGAGUGGAGCUCUCUGGAGGAUCCCAGCUCAGCCUUCCUGCUCAUUAAGAAAUAUUCUGGUUCUAAAAUGACAGAUUCCAACUCAGAUAAACUGAAAGAUUUCAUCAAAGGAGAGCAACUCAAAUUUAAAGAUGGUUCUUCCAAACUGCUAUUGGGCAAUAAGUUUCAGGACCGAUACCUGGUACUACAAGACAAAAAACUGCUGUUAUACAAGGACAUAAAAAGUACCAAGCCAGAAAGAGAGGCUUCAAUAAAGUCUGUUAAAUGUUACUUAGGGCUACGAAGGAAGUUGAAACCAACAAGCAGUUGGGGAUUUACUGUUUAUACUGAAAAGCAGCAGUGGUAUUUCUGCUGUAAAGGGAAUGAUUCUCAGCAGGACUGGGUCACCUCCAUUAUCAGAGUGAAGCAUGAAGGUGACUUAUGGCCUAAAGACCUAAAGCAGAGUGCGUCGUUACCUUAUAACCUGAGCAGAAGGAGAACAUCCACUUACAGCCCUACACAGACCAGAGCAUCCAAACACCACAGAGAGGUUAAAGGGAAGUCGGUCCUCACUACAAGUAUAGAAGGUUCAAAUACACAAAAUCAAAUGACCACAGAUGAGGGCAACCAAUCAGAUUCGAUGAAUAAAUUGGUGAGCGGUGAGGAAACUCCAUGUCUCUCCAGGCCUGAAAUGGUGAUUGAUAACACACUCCAGUCUCAGCGAAGAACAUCACUUCAACAAGACCCCAGCGCUCUCACCCAGCUAUCACAGAGGAAAGCCGUGUUGCCCAGCAGAGGUGUGCAGUUGCCUCAAAACCUCAUUAAUGAACUAAGUACUGUUCUCAACAAAACAGGACGUUCUUUGAACAAAGACAAUUAAAAGAGACAGAAAGACAGGUGUCUUGUCCAUUGCACUUCCAUUGUGCAUGAGAAAAAUAAAAACAGACUAAUCCAAGCACAGAUGCCUCUCAGUAAGGAAGUUGGACUUUUUGGAUCAAGUAUUUAACAUAGAGGGACAGGGAGAGUAAUUAUAGUAAAUAUUUGAAGAAACUGGUGAGUGAAAAAUUGGAUGCAAUGACCUUUUUUGUGCAUAACUACAACUGCUCUCCACAUGUCACAUUAAGUCAUAUUCCUUUAAUUUAGAACAAUGUCUAGAGUCCUUUGCAUGGUAACAUGCAUUUCCUUCUUCAUUCUCAUAUCUGUUUUUUUUCUAGCUGAGGUUGAAAAAGACACUACUAGACAAUGAUACUCCAGUAUUAUCUAAAAUCUCCAUCGCUAUGUCCGAAAUCGUAUACUUCCCUACUAUAUAGUAUGCAAAAAACAGUAUGCCAACAGAAUAGUAUGUCUGACUACAUAGUAUUGGAAAAACAGUAAGUGAAAAGUUCCUGGAUGACCUACUACUUCCACAGAAACUCUGAACUAUGCAUUCGAUGGACACUUUACAAUCCCAUGAGGCCAUGGGAGAAGAUUUAUGAAUGGCAGUGAAGCAACGCAACCGACACUGGUAAAUCACGUGACAGUAACAACAUGGUGGAUGUAUUACAUCUGAAUUUCAUUGAAACUAGCUAUAUUUAUACUAUAUUGAACAUACUUUUUUUAACAAAGUAAGUUCAAAUUUAAAGGGAUAGUUCACCCAAAAAUGAAAAUUUGAUGUUUAUCUGCUUA